AUGACUGAGGGUGGCUAUUUAGAUGUCGAUAAAUUAAUACUUUGUGUUUACAAUAGGCCAGCAUUAUGGAAUAGACAUUGUGAUAAUCAUAAUAAUAGAUACAAAACAAGACUACAAUGGGAGGAAGUUUCAUCAGAGUUAAAUAUGCCAGUUGAUACUAUUAAGAAGAGAUGGAAUAAUUUGAGAGACCAAUUCCGCAAAGAGUACGUUAGAGUAAAUAAACCUAAAAAACCUGGAACUGUAGCUACUAUUAAAACUUCUUCUUGGUCAUAUUACGAAUCGUUAUUGUUUUUAGCUAAGCAAAUUGUACCUAAACCACCUGUGCGCGAAUAUCCAUUGUCUGAAGCGGACAGCCCCGAUGAAGAAGUACAUGAAGAUAACAGGGCAUUGUCACCGUUUGGAGAAACAUCGUCAGAAUCGAAGUCAGUACAAGUUACUUCAUUAAAGAAUUCUAAGUCAGUUAAAGUAAGAACUUCAUCGGCAGAACAAUCUUUUCGCGAACCCGUAAAACAAGUUUGUUGUUGUAAAUCUAAGGAAAUAAAUCAUGACGAUUACCAAGAACAUUCAGACACAGAAAAAACGAAACGUGAGUUAUACAAGCCCAGACGCAAUGAUAGAUUUGCAGAAGAUCCCGAUCGAAACUUUUUGAUGAGUUUACUUCCUCACCUGACAGAAGUGCCGCGAAAUAGAAAACUCAUCGUUCAACGAAAAUUGUUAGACGUGUUCUUGGAAGAAGAAACAACUAAAGAAUGGGGCGAUUAAAAAACGAGGUCCUAUUUUUGAGAAUGAAAAACAUAAGAUCUCGACCCUAAUUUAUUUUUUUUAUCUCUGGAGACAAUCAGAGAGCUUAUAUCUUUUCAUUUAUUAAUGUGAUUUUGAUAAAAGUUGAUAACACCUUCCUGUCGGGUUUCAUUACACGAUCAGGGCUACGACAAAGUCAUAAUACGAACGAGACUGAAGCAUUUAU